AAGCCAUUCAAGUGGAACACUACAGGAUUAUCCUCUGCAUGAGCUCCAGACGCACUCCACAACCAAGACCGCAUAAGAAACAAGUACUGAACUAAAACAAUAAAGACCGGUAAUAUCACCGACCGGACCUGUGUAAUGAUAUCUGGAUUAUUUUACUCUUAAAGGUCCUACCAUUGUUUGUGAAUGGAUUCACUGGUGUGCUUGAGGAAGUCCGCUUUUCUGCAGACGUGUUCAGUCUUGCUUCGCAUCACCCAGCACCAUGUCUGGCUCUUACGAUGAAUCCGCUGUCGUUGAUGAGGCCAUGGACAGCUUUUGGGAGGUGGGAAAUUAUAAGCGUGCUGUCAAGAGAAUUGACGACGGCCAUCGACUCUGCAAUGAUCUUAUGAACUGCCUUCAGGAACGUGCCAAGAUCGAGAAGUCCUACAGCCAGCAACUCACUGAAUGGUCCAAAAGGUGGAGGCAACUGAUCGAGAAAGGGCCUCAGUACGGCUCUGUGGAGCGGGCCUGGAUUGCCAUGAUGACAGAGGCCGAUAAGGUGAGUGAACUUCAUCAGGAGGUGAAGAACGGUCUGAUGAACGAGGACAUCGAGAUGGUGAAGAACUGGCAGAAAGACUCGUACCACAGACAGAUGAUGGGUGGCUUCAAGGAAACCAAAGAGGCAGAAGAGGGCUUCAAGAAAGCCCAGAAACCCUGGGCGAAGAAACUCAAAGAGAUGGAGACGGCAAAGAAGAACUAUCACAUGGCAUGUAAAGAGGAGAAACUGGCUGCAGCCCGUGAGGCAGAUGCGUCCGUGACUCCUGACCAGCAGAAGAAACUCCACGAGAAGACAGAGAAAUGCAAACAGGACGUGCAGAAGGCGAAGGAGAAGUACGAGAAGUCUCUGGAUGAGUUGUCGAAGUGCACACCGCAGUACAUGGAGUGCAUGGAGCAGGUGUUUGACCAAUGCCAGCAGCACGAGGUCAAACGACUGACCUUCCUCAAAGAGGUUCUUCUGGACAUCAAAAAACACCUUAACCUCACCGAGAACCAAAACUAUGCGUCAGUGUACCGUGAGUUUGAACGCACCAUUCUGGCUGCCAACACACAAGAGGAUCUCAAGUGGUUCAGUAAUAAUCACGGUCCUGGCAUGCAUAUGAACUGGCCCCAGUUUGAGGAAUAUAACCCAGAAGCCACCAAUGCUGUUGCCAAGAGAGAAAAGAAGAAGCCAGAUGGAGUCGCUCCUGCUACUCCGAACACAGAGCAUGCAGGUCAACCAGGAGACCGCGGCAGUGUGAGCAGCUAUGAUAAGAACCAGGCGUACUCCACAGAAUGGUCAGAUGACGAGCAGCCCACCGGAUACUCGGGCAACGAGACGAAUGGCGGUGCGAACUCUUUCGAGGAAGACUCGAGCAGCAGAGGAGGUGUGCGAGUGCGAGCGCUCUACGACUAUGAAGGGCAAGAGCAGGAUGAGCUAAGCUUCAAAGCAGGUGAUGAGUUAACUAAGAUCGAAGAGGAAGAUGACCAGGGCUGGUGCAGAGGUCGUCUGGACAAUGGCCAGACAGGCUUAUACCCGGCCAAUUACGUUGAGGAAAUCUGAUCACCUGACUGGAGGACAACACACCUUUGGAGGCAGCUCUGAUUGUCCGAUCGAAUGACAUGGCAAAAACGCCAGAGACUUAAUAUGAACGACUUUCCCUGAAGAUGUGCAAUGCAGUCUUGUUUAAAAUCAAAAAAUCUUAGUAAAGAAAACCACACUGUAUAUAUUGAUCUUAUCUGGGAGGAGAGGAAGAGCUUGCUCACUACUAAUAUCUAUUUGCAAAUAUUUAAAGAGUAUAUACAUACAUACACAUACAAAUAAAUGACCCAUCAGUUAUGCAAGUACAGGCUACACACAUUAUUUGUGCAGAUUACAUGUUAUUUGAAAUUCUAUUACUGACAUUAGCAUAAUAUCCAACUGAACAGAUAUUCACGUGGCCACUCUGCUGUAUUUUAGGACAAAGUUCAUCAAACGGAGUCAGUGUGCAAUUACAGAUACUCGUCCAGUGUCACGUGUUAAACAGAAAAUGACUCACAGCGGGCUAUUCGUUUUUUCUCUUGCUCUCACCACCGGUCCAUGCCUCGUUGCGCUGAUUAUUAUAUUUGGUAUCGUUCUCUUGAUGUCUGUGUCUUUAUGCAUAGCAGCAUGCGCUAUGGAGCAUGUAGCCGUUGAUUCCUCAGGCCAUCUGUACUGUAUGCAGUUCCCACAGUGACCACAGAGGGCAGCAGACUCAUUUCAACCUCACACCUGGAAGUGGUGGCAAAUCUCAGGCUAUGUUCAGAACAGAAUACUACCUAAGCAGUAGUAUGGAUACUGCAUACUAUUAUUAAAGAUAGUAUGUGAAACAGUGCAUUAUGCAACAAGAAACGUUUCAAACAGCAGCAUGCAAUAGACCUUAGUCGGGGUAGUGCCGUAUUUAAUUUUUGGCAGGAAUGAAACCGAGGCUGUGAGGGACUUGAAGCACAGUGUGUUCGAUGGAUUGUGCUGCUGUUUAACAACAUAUCGAUUCUUCAGCUGAAGAAACAUCAUUACGAAAAACAUUCAGUAGACAAAAACUCCAUACAACUGUUUUGGAAGUUGUGAUUCGGCAAAAAUGACGUGAUCUAGGACCUUUAUACAGUGCGUGCCAUUGUAAAGACUGUAAAUCUAUCCCUCGCAGCUUCGUUUUCAUCCGUGUUAAAUUCAACAUGGCGUCUAACCUGGCUAAGAUCCAUUAUUGCAUGCAAGUGGCAUCCAGGUAUCAUGACAUAAUACAAUCAGUCUUGAAUUUCAAUUGGAUGAUACUGCCGAAAUAGAGAUGUUGAACCAGAAUUAUUUAAAGCCGUGAUUUUUAUUCAUCAAGCUGCACAUUGCAUUAUGGGGUCCAUGCUAUGUUGUAAAUAAACUAAAUCAUCCAGGUAUUCCAUGCAUAUAUAACAUUUGCAUACUGUACCUACUAUGCAUAUUAUAUACUGCAUGGUAUGCAAGCAUGAUGUUCUGAACAUAGCCAAAAUUGUCCAACUGGUUGAUCGUUGCACAGUGUCAUCUCUCGUUCUCAAAAUCAUGUGUUGUUCUUAGUUAAAGAAGGUCUUGUACAAGCAUUAUCUCUAUUUGGGAUCUGUUCAUGGUCACCUCUUGAUACCAAAUCAAGGUUCUUCAGAUGGACAUGAAUGUUUCCUGUGCAUUAUUUGGGCUACUUAUGCACAGCACAUUGAACAGACAAAAUCCACGAGUGAAUUUCACACCUGUACAUCCACAUACAUCAAGUUCAAAAGCUACUGUUACCUAUAUUCACAACUGAUAAAUUGAUUCUAUGUAGUUUCAUGGCCUGUUAACUAACACACUCUGGUUUUGCAUCAAGGCUAGUGUUUAAAGCGCGUAAAAAAAAACUUUCUGAAAUACUAACUAAAAUAAAA